CUUCUACUAGCUCAAAGCUGAUUGAGCCCUGGACAGCGGGUUUCCCUGAUUGUGGUUUACAGGUUCCUCCUGUCUGACAGUACUCAGCUUGCUCGGGUUAGCAACGCAUGCGUAAGGAGCGCCACCUCUGAAAGAUGUUACCCGUUUGAGGUCGAAACGGUCUAAAACCAGGGCUCUAUACUAAAACGGUCUUUAAACCCUUUGCAUUUAAGUACGCCUUGGCCUUAAAAUGUGAUCUUAAACCGGGCUCUGAUUUAUAGUGGCGCGCAAGGAGCGCCACCUCCAAAGUCCCUGACUGAACAUGCACAGCUCACAGUGGUAGCCGGUCAGGUAGAGUAGCUCCUCAGCUCCAGACAACGCCAGGCAAUGCAGCCUUGCUCCAAUUAUGCCACAUUCCCCUCUGCCACAAUCCCAGCUCGAUUGAAAUGAUGUUCCUCGUCCGCCCAUAAGCAGGUCAACAUUCACAGCGGCAGUGGACCAGUCGGUCGAUUGGCGGUGGCUUGUAAGCGCGUGCACAUGGCAGCUGGCUUUGCGCCCCUGGUGGUCGCGAUGGUUCUGUACCACAACAUGACGAUGCUGGACGUGGUCGGGCCGUAUGAGGUUCUCCACCGGCUGCCCAACGUCGUGGUGAAGUUUGUGGGGGAUAAGGCCGGCACGGUCAUCCGAGACACUCAGGGAACUUUGGGUCUGGUGGCAGACUACAGCUUUGACGACGUGCCAAGGCCUGACGUGCUUCUGGUUCCGGGGGGGUCGAACAACACGUACGGCUACGACAAGAGGUUCAUAAACUGGCUGCAAAAGGCCGACGAGACGACCAUAUACACGACCACGGUCUGCACAGGAGCGGUUCUGAUCGGCCCCUCUGGACUUACGAAGGGGAAGGUAAUGGCCACCCAUUGGGCAGUCUACGAUCAGCUUGCCCAGUUUGGGGCCCAUUACGCACGUGCGCGCUACUUCAAGGACGGGAAGCUUAUCAGCAGCGCGGGCGUAUCGGCCGGCAUCGACGCGGCGAUCUAUCUGGCGUCCCUUCUCACCGACGAAGUUACCGCAAGGUGGGCACAGAUGGUGAUCCAGUACGACCCCCAGCCGCCCUUUUCAACCGGCCAGGCGUCGCAGGCGGACCCUCAAGUGUGGGACCUUUUCAAAUCGCCCAAGUACGGCGGAUAUGGGAACCACUCUUUUAGCCCCGGUCCACGGGGCUGCUUCGAGGAGGCGGUCUGCACCCAGGAGUGUGCCAUCAAGUAACGUUCGCCCGAUAGUGCCUAGAAGAAGCUAGCGCUGUGAAGAUUGGAUUUGUGAAUUGUGGAAAGGAAUCGCAGUUCUGAGAAGCGCGGAGUGAAAUCGUUUCGUGUUAGGGUCACGCUAGGUUACUUUAUAAUAUUCAAUUGAGCAUGCCAGCCUGGCAUGCUGAGCAACGGUUUUGCAGGUUGAAUUUGAAAAGCAAUAAAAUCCAUGUGGUAUAUAAUGCGUAUGCUGAAUUAACGUCCUCCAUGACGCUAUCAAUAGAUAAACAGUCGACGUAAUUGUAGAUUUCCCCGUUCAAUCAUGG